AUGAAAGCUGCCUUCAGUUCUGGUAUUUCUGGUGAAACUAAUCAAAGAGAAGUUGCUUUCGAACAAAUCGUAGCUGCUGAAAACAGUUUAAAGAAGGUCCAUCGUCAAGAUGACAUUUUAAAAAUGAUUCAUGACAUUAAACAAUAUAAUAAGGAACUUUAUGACAUGCCAUCAACUUCCAGCAAUUCAGAAUUAGAUGUUGCUGUCGAUUUCUUUGAUUCUGCAGAUAAAUCUCAUCCAAAUUACUGUCUUUUAGACGAAAUGACAGAAGAACAACAACUUUCGAAUUUUGAACUUGAUCUGAAACUUGUCGAUGCCGAAGCUCACUUAAUUAGAGGUCUUUUACAAUUCAUGGAUGGUUCCUAUCUGAGAGGAUUUUACAAUUUCAGAAAUUCCUAUUUGAAAUUCAAAGAAGUUUACCACAAAAUUGAAACUCUCAAAGAUGAACCAAAAACUUCAUCAAAAUUUGUUCACAGUGAUGUGAUUUUCCCUUCCUAUUUUGGAAUGGGUGUUUUCAACUUUUUAAUUUCAGUUUUGCCUCCAACUUUGGCCUCCAUUUUAAGUGUUUUGGGUUUUGAUGCUGAUAGGGAAUUGGGUUUGAAAUUAAUGACACAAGCUCAGGAAUAUGGUGGCAGAGGAUUGGGAAAUGCCAGUUUCAUGUUGUGUAUUAAUUAUUUGUUUGUUCCACGUGCAUUGCAAGAUCGUCAAGUGAAUUUGAAUUUGGUCAAGCCAAUUCUUGAUAAGAUUUAUAAGCAAUAUCCGAAAGGAGGUUUCUUUAAAUGGGUUCUUUCACAUUACGAGUUAAAGAUUGGUGAUUUGACAAAUUCUGUCAUUCACAUUAAGGAAGCUGUUUCAUUGUUGAAGGAAGCUAUGGGUACCUCUCCAAAUAAUUACCUAUUCGAAACUGGUUUUACAUUGGUCGUUGCCAUGCAAUUCGAGGAAGCUCAAGAGAUAUUGUACGAAUUAAUCAAUAAGGAACAUGCCAAUGACUCCAAAGGUAAUGCAGCUCUCAUUUUGGCCGUUUGCAAAUUGAAAUGUGGAGAUAUCAAGGGAGCCAAUGAAAUUAUUGACAACUUGUCAAAAUAUGUUCCAAAACAAAGCAAAUUCUCCAAUGAAAAGAUUGAAACUUUGAAAUAUGCCAAGAAUGAAGAAGAAAGACAUCUCAUCCUGUACUUGAGUUUCUUCCAAUUGAUGUAUUUGAGAAGAGAUUUGGCCAACUUGAAACCAGAACAUGCCAAGCCAUUAUAUGAACUAUUCCAAAAGACAUGUCUCUCUAAAACUAUCGAUGAAAAAUCCAAAGUUUAUCCAGAUAUCCAAGCUUGCUUAUCAGUCAUCAGAGCUCAAUUCACCAAGAUUUUGGAUGAUGCAGAGAAGAGUUUGCCAGAAUUCCAAAAUGCCAUCGCCUUUGAAAAUAAGAUCAAGAUUGAGAAGCAAUGGAUUGCAUUCUCAUAUUAUGAAUUGGCUGAAUCACUCUACUUGACCAAAUAUAAGAAAUGUGAUGAUUCAGUUUCAAAGGAUGAUAAAUUGAAACUCUUGCAUGAUGCCAAACACAACUUGGAAAAGUGUAACAAGAUUAGUGGAUAUUCAUUUGAGGAAGUAUUGCACACAAGAGCCAAAUUGGCACUUAAACAAGUCGAAGAUGACAUUAAACAUUUGAAACAUUAA